GGUGUCUUUGUGUGUAUGUGGGUGGAAGGGUUGGGUUUUUGUCAUUGCUGUUUUUAGCCUCUGUGAGGCACUUUGAAUUGCGUUUUUUUGUAUGAAAAAUGCUAUAUAAAUAAAGUUGAAUUGAAAUUGAAUUGAAUGGCACUAUACUCAAGCAUACCACUUUAAGGUAUGUUAUUUUGUCUUCUAUUUCACUGUAUUCUAUUUAUUGUAUUAAAAUUUUUAUCACUAUACUUCCACCUCGAUAUAAUGAAUGAUAUUAAAGUCAAUACGGUUUAAAUUUAUAUAAUGAACAGAAGGGGGCGCAAUCUGCUCAUGCAACAAAACGAUCAGAUAUAGUAUCGCCAAUACUCGUAAAUAAACUAGUUAUGUGAUGUCAAUAGAGACUAAUCGUCUGACUCGUUUCACUGAAAAAUUUGUAAGAAGGCCACAGGCAGUAUAGGUUUGAUAUAGAUUCCCUAGUCACUAAGAUAAUGGUCUUUAUUUUCCGAGUUUAUUGAAAUGAUACAGUCUGAUACCUAACGAGAGCCUUAAAGUUUAUAUCUAUCUCCGUAUAAGGUGUUAGGGUAGGCCUUUUUUAUGAGGCUUCUAUUUAUCACGUAGGUACUCUGACGUUGUGCUUUCCAGCUCCGUUUACAUGUAAGUGUAGCAACGUGGCCUCUUAAACCUUAUACAUAAAUGUGUCCACUUCGUAAUUCUACGGCGGUUGAAUGAUUCACGUGAACGCCAGUACUCUCCAAUUGGUCCUACUACUCAAACCCAGCGCCCCUAACAAACCAAUUAGUGUAUCCUACCAAAAUAGGCGAAUACACAAAACCCAAAAGGCUUUUUUUGAGAGUUUUGCCGGGUUUAGUUCGGUGCUGAAGUCUCAAUGCUCUCCCGCAAUACAUAGCUCUUGGCUGCCUGUGACGUUUUAACGUGGUACGUUUGUUUUAAUGCACGGCAUUGACCAGUCGGGCGGGGUUUAUUCUGUUUACAGUGAAACGCAACGGGAUGCGAGGUCGAACAAGGUGAACCAUAUCGAGCGCACUCAGAGUAGAGAGACAAGAAAUAGCCAAAGACGUUUGGCGCGGUUGGUGGAGAGGCUACUGACAGCAGACGAGGAAGGACCAUACCGAGAACCACAGCCCGUUCGCUGAACAGGUUUCUCUCUUUGGCAAAGGUACCCGGGGAUUUAACGACAGUGACUGCCUCACGGAAGAGAGAGACAGAGAGUGUGCUCUUUGAUUUAUUAGAUCUCGUUUCGUCGUUGGCCGUCUAUCAGAGCUUGCCCUGUGCAGGCAGACGGAAAUAGCUUGAAUAUGCCUCCCAUCGAAAAUGACACCGGGAAAAAUGAACUCAAAACUCGGAUACAGCAGCUUAUCGACUCCAAUCAAGUCUUGAUUUUCAGCAAAAGCUUCUGUCCGUUUUGUGUGAAGGUAAGACAUUUUUUAAAGUGACAUCUUUAAACGAGGAUCGGAAACUUCCAUUGUCUCCCGCGAAGUACACGGGCUUCGUCUAAUUGCUGGCGUUUCUUUUCAGGCUCAGUGCAGCCCUUGAAUAUUCUGUACUGGAGACUUAAUUUUAAAAUUAACCAAAGAGCUAAACUGUACGUUUGAUUUACAUUAGAAAUACACACACUUUUGUAUAUAAAAUAAAUAAAUAACAUGUGAAAGCUGUUUUCUGUCAGUGUGGUCACAGUCUGAAAAGUUGGUUAAGUUAUGUAACUUGUAGUUCAUAGCUAAACUUACACCUAACGUGACCUCUCGUCUGAAGACACACUCUCUCUCUCUCACACACACACACACGCACACACUCUGAGGUACGCACAACGUUGAUUUUCAGCUUAUAAUGUUUCUUUGGUUUUCCAUAAACAGGAUAAAAUGAUGUACUUGUAGGAAGUCAGUGAAGGGUUACCAAUGAAUGAAAAGUAUAUGAAUGUUUUAUGAGUAACGCGGUUUCAGUGAGGAUUUUUUAACCUUUUGUAGGGUUUUAAGGCUGUGUUGUGUUAAGUUUAUUGUGAUUAUAUAUCAUGUAACUGAGAACAUGUAUUUUCUUUUUUUCCCUGCAGGUAAAGAACUUGUUCAAAGAGCUGCAAGUCGAGUGUAAUGUGGUGGAGUUGGAUCUAAUAGGUAAGAUGGGGGUUUUUUCUCACUCAUUAUUAUGAUUAUCUCUGAUUUGUUGCCAAGUGCAGUGGCAGGUUCAAUAUACAUCUCCUCAAAAGAUCACUCUCAGGUUGAACACGUGCAAUAAAAUAGAAGCACUAUCAUUACAAAAUAAAAAGUGAUGGAAAAGUCAGCACAGUCAUUUCUAUUUAUAAUAUCUCAAUGGGAUACACAACAGUUUGCGCUCUGCACAGGUAGUGUACAUAACACUACUCUGUACAUAACCAAGCACUACAAUUCACUGUAUGAGUGUCUCAUAACAGACAAAUAAUGAAUAACUAGAGAUAGACCAAUUAUUAAAAUGAGUCAAUUUAAUAGUAAUCAGCAUCAAAAACCCACUAAACAUCUUUUUUUGAAAAUGCAAUUGGCUCAGACAAAUAUGAUAAAUGUGAUUUUAAUGCCUAUGAAACAAUGGAUUUAUAAGAUAAGAAGAACUUGAUUUAUCCCAAACGGGAAAUUUGAUUAUACAUGACUAUUGAAAAUUUUAAUCUUAGUACUUAGCAUGAAUUUUGAAUGUUAUAGGAUGGCUGAACAGGUCAUUAUUUAUUUUCAGCAACUUUGUCAUUUGUUAGUGUCAUGUAAUUGUUAAAUUCUGUCAAAUCCAAAAAUAAAACAAAAAAAAAUUAAAAACCACAAUGUGAUUUUGGCAUUAGAUCAACCACUAGUAGUUACAUCUUGUAAUAAAUUUGAUGGAUUUAUUCGCCUUCACGUAAAUACACUAUAGAUAGAUAGAUACUUCAUUGAUGCGGACUAUGUGUGGAGGGUAAGGGUUACACAGACAGUGACGAGGAAAAAAGUAGAUAAGGAACAUGUUUUAUAAGAUGUGUGAUAGUGACUGACACAUACCAGUCAUAGAUAUUAUUGUGUUGAGUUUAUUGUGUUAUUAUGUUGGUAUAAGAUGAAUAUAAAUUCACAGUUUCCUGCCUACUCAUGCCUCAGUUUUCUUUUACAAUAUUGUAAAGGUGAUGUCUUUUCCCAGGCAGUGCUGUUGUCCUUUUUUCGCAGCAGCACCAAACCUGCUGAGUCACUCCCUGCUGAUAAGUUGGCCUUGUGCCAUAUAUCAGUAAACCCUCAGACGCCUCUGCUCGGUCUCGCUCAGUCAUUUCCGCCUCAAUCUUUGCUGUUUGCUUAAGUUGUUUAGAGACUGUGAUGAUUAAAAAGAGAGUGACCAAUAUGAUAGUUGUUGAACAAUUAGACUGGACUCCCCACAACACUUCAGCUAGGGAAAUUCUGCAUGGCUGUUCAACUUAGAUUACAUGUAUUUGAAAAAAACGUGAACAAAAUAAAAAUGUAUAUAUUUGAAGAACCUUGAGGAACAAUUAGUCAUUGGACUUUUGUCUUACACAUGCAUUUACAAGCUAUUGUGUUGAAGAGAAAGAGGCAUUGGGGCUUUAUAAAUGAAAUGUUUAACUCUGGAUGAAAAGGUUUUGUCUAGCAAUGAUUUAUUAAAUAUUUUUGACAUGCAAUUUUUAAAAAUCAGAAACACAGUAAAGAGUUGCUUAAGGAAAAUAUUCAAACUGGAUAAAUAAGAAGAGUGUAAAUAUAAAACAAAUGUAAGGAUGUGAGUGUUGAAGGUAGAGUUGAUCCACUCUCUUCCUACAUUUGACAGUGGAUAUUAUUGCUAGUCUACUCAGCUAGUCCUUAAAAUGUAUCUGGAAAAAAAAGAAACAGUUUUCUUCACUUCACAGGAAGUUGCAAAUAGCUGCCAUCAUGGAUCCAUUAGUUAGCAAGAGCCUUCUAAAAUGGGAUCAAAACUGAUUUCAUAACCAUGAGAGCGAUUGUGAUUAGCUCUUGCACAAUGAAACUACAAUAAUUGGUUUCAGUGGCCGUGUUUAUUUGUGCUUAAACACUUGCAUCUCUAUCCAGAUGAUGGACCCAACUACCAGGAAAUGCUGCUGGAGAUGACUGGGCAGAAAACUGUUCCCAAUGUCUUUAUCAACAAGACACACCUUGGUGGCUGCGACAAAACAUUGCAGGUAAGGCACAAAAGUGCUUGACAGUACUGAAGGUAUUUUGGUCUCUCGUGUUCUUGUUCCCCCCUCAGUUCAUGAUUGCUUAAACUGUGUACAGACAUGCCUGUGUGACUCAAGCGGCAUUUGCAAACACAACCCACAAAUGUUUUUUGCAUAAAACUUGUCCUGAUAAAUGCACAAUCCACCCUCAGUGCAGCAUGUAACAGGAAGGAAAUGUGUGUAACUAAAAACAUGAAGGCGUGCCCAGAGCUAGAAUCAGCGAAGUAUUCAAGUUCCUUGAGAGCAGAUACCAGAAACAUGGGAGAUGGAGACUGAUUAAGUGCCCUGAGGUGUCCUGUUGCAGAAAGAUGAUAGGCUUGAUGGCGUCGACUCUAAUUUUGUCUUGGUGUGAAUGGUAGCAUCACUCUUGUUUGUCUUCAAAUAAGCUUGGCUUAUAGCUUGGUCCACAGCUUCUUUAGUUGUAAAGAAGGACAGAAUCCCCAUCAGCGGUAGAGGUGCAAUGGAGCGAUGGCAAUAAGCACACUUUAUCUAAAUCAAAAUACUCCCAAACUUUGCUCUUUUUUCUCACCAACAUUAUUCUGGCUUAUCGCAUGUGCUGAUUCACUCUGAGGAAGUUAACCCACGAUGCCAUGCAUGUUGCAGGCCAGCACUGCGAGCCCAGAGCAGUGAGCCAGGCAGAAAGAGUCGCACACAAUUGAUCCACACAUUUUAGCUUGUUUAAUGCACACUUUUAUUAAGACAUGACGGUAAAAACAUAAUUUGGAGGGGGGAAAAAAGCUUUUUUUUGCUUUUUGCUUUUUUUUUUCCCUUUUCUUUUUUUUGUUUGUUUUAAAUAGAAUAAACGAAUAUUAUUUACUAAACGGAUAGUGAGGACAGCCCCGUUUACACAAAUAUCCGAAUAACCGUGAACAUCCCUAUUGCAAACCUCAACCAAAAAAACCACUCUAUAGCCCCAAAUAAUGCUCAGAACAGCACCUAACUUCAUCAACAGUACAUACAGGGUCCCAGCCAUAGCACUAGCCACCAAACAUCUUUUUAGCUUUGUCUGAUUUCUUUAGCAAAGAGACCAAACACAACUCACCCACUCUCCUCCAGCAGCCGCUUUUUUGUAGGUGAGCCCUGAUGAGUCAAUCACCGAGUGCAGCGGAGUUUCGCAGUUCAAGGAAGAACAUUUCUGAUUAUUACUUCAUGGAAAUGCAAUCAGAGUUCUUGUGUAUCUUGUAUGUGCACUGCAGACAUGAUAGUUCUUCUGCCUCAGCGACUCAGUUGUUUGCAUUUACUUUAAGUAAUAAUCAUACAUUUUCAGCUGCACUCAGUGCUCGACUCGUCAGGGCUCCCCCACAAACAAGCGGCUGCACAGUGUUACGCUGUGUUAUCCCUCUCUUUUUUUUUGUUUGUUUGUUUGUUUGUUUGUUAUUAAAGUUGAUCAGUGAACCUAAUUAUGACAAAUGACUUUGACUAAGAUCUUGAGUGUUUGAUUUUACGCUGUUAACUUGGCUGUCAUCAUUGGUGACAUUUGAUUCCAGUAUACCUUGUAUUUUGAGAACGCAGAAUAAGAUUGGGGCAGAAUAGGUGGGUUCGUAAUCCAAUCAACAUAUGCCAGAGACAGUGGCACACUGACUUGUUAGGAUGCAGCAGGUCAGGCCUGUUAAUUCAAAGUGUGAUCAGGCUACAGCAGACGUGUAUGAUAAUGACAUGACAGACUUGCUUUAGUGCUGCACUGACACAGCAUCAUGUCAAUCUGUCUGUCAGGCACAUAAAGACGGCAGCCUGCAGCAGCUGCUGAGUGGAGACAAUGAGGCCUAUGACUAUGACAUGAUCGUCAUUGGAGGAGGAUCUGGAGGCCUCGCCUGCUCAAAGGUGAGACAAUCAAGUGCAACAUAUUUACAACCACUGAAGCUUUCUGGAAGCAGCUACUGUAUUGUGCAAUAUUGUGUAUUUUUAAUGAAUCAGAGUGAAACUAAAAGGAAAUCUAGUGGUGCUGUAACAUUAGCCUCUUUGUUGAUAGGAAGCUGCUAUGUUGGGGAAGAAAGUCAUGGUACUGGACUUUGUGGUGCCCACACCAAAGGGAACCUCCUGGGGUAAGAUACUUCUACUUUUGGACACUAAGCUCUGUGUAUAUGCCCUGUGUCUGUAUUUCUAUCUAGUAUUGUUUUGCAAAUAACCUUUUGUGCUUCCUGUGGCCAUUAGGUCUCGGUGGAACUUGUGUGAAUGUGGGCUGCAUUCCUAAGAAGCUGAUGCACCAGACAGCUUUGCUGGGCACGGCCAUGCAGGACGCACGCAAGUUUGGCUGGGAGUUUGAAGAGACAGGUGAGAGCUCAGAGCACCGACCCAGGAGGUCGCGAAGGGGGGACAUCUCAAGAGGUUGCCACGGUAAAUCAGAGGCCAGCAGCAGCAGUCGUUGUUUAAUUUUUCUGAACUGACGGCAAGUCUCUGUCUGUUUUCAGUCAAACAUAACUGGGAGACGAUGAAAACAGCGGUGAACAACUACAUCGGCUCGUUGAACUGGGGCUACAGGGUGGCGCUCAGAGACAAGGAUGUCAACUAUGUCAAUGCCUAUGCAGAGUUUGUUGAACCACACAAAAUCAAGGUGAACACAGACUUAAGUUCAUUCAGUCAGGACCCACAGUUUGCAUGUGUAGAGGUUGACCUGGGGUUGCUGGUUUGGCUUAUGCAACUCUUUAUUGUUACAUACUAAAACAUAUCCCUAAUCUUGAUUAGCCUGCUCUGAAUUGUUGUCUCACCUGUUUUGGUAACCUAUUAUUUAGCUUUAUUUUUCUUGCACAACACCUGCUCAACAGUUGGCCUCAGUUUUUGGCUGCCUUUCAGCAUUCUUGUUGGCUUUCUUGCUCAUGGUUACGAGGCAGUCAAAAUUACACAUUGUAGCUCUGUGUUCUUUGUGGAAACUGCUUCUGAAGUAACUCCGAGCUUUUCUCGGUAUUCUCUGUCAGGCCACAAACAAACGAGGAAAGGAGACCAUUUACACAGCAGCUAAAUUUGUCUUAGCUACAGGAGAGAGGCCACGCUACCUGGGCAUCCCUGGAGACAAGGAGUACUGCAUCACCAGGUGAGAGCUUGGUGUAGCACGUAUUAUCUGUUCUUGUGACAAGCUUUGUGGCUAGAAGCCCCAUUCAGAGCUCAAUUUUUGGCAUCUGCUGAAACCAACCGUCAGUCUACUGUGUUUUAUCUAAAAUUACAGACACACCCUUUAGGAAUGUGGAGCUUUUAUUUCCUGCAGGUAGCCCAGGUUCAUUUAUCAAUCUAACAGAUGUCCUAAAUGUUAGGUAACUUUAGUCGCAUUUGCCAAAUGCUACUGCUUUGGCAACCUGCAAAUUAGGGCUGGGCAAUCAACCAAAUAUUUACUGAUAAUAAAAUUUAUGAGAGUAACCAAUGUUAUUUUGCCCAAGUCAAUAAAAAUAAAUCAAAGUUGGUUUUGGACGUGUGUAGGUAGGCUAUGCUCUCAUGUCCCUUUUUAAGAUGCUGUCCUACGUCAGAGACAUGACUCCACCACACACAGUCCGUAACAAAGACAGAAAGACAGGUGAGGAGGUGGAGGACAGUUCGAAAGUUGUAGGUGCUGGAGCGGUGGCUGAAGUAGACAAAGUUAAUGUGGGAGGGGCUGAGCAGCUUGUGGAGUAGUUAUUGUCCAUUUAUUGUUAUCAAGGUGAACUACUCAAUAUAUCACGGUAUUGAUUUGAGGCCAUAUCGCCCAGCCCUACUACAAAUAGCCUUGUGCUGUGCACUUGGUACCACAAAGCCCAGCUGAUAUUUAAUUGUACUAAAAUCUUGCACCUGAAAUCAGUUUCAUUGGUUUAAACUAGGAGGGCGAUCACUGGACAUGAAUAAUAACAAUAAUAAUGCAACAGAUUUCACAUAGCGCUUUAUCAGAGAUCCUCAAAGAGCUUAACAUUGGAUACAUCAUUCAUUCACUCACACAGUCACACCUUGGUGGUGGUAAACUACCUUAUUAGUCACAGCUGCCCUGGGGCAGACUGACAGAAACGUGGCUGCCAGUUUGUGCCUACGGCCUCACCAACCACAACCACACAACACUCACAUUCAUACACCAGUGGAGGACACACCCUGGGAGCAAGGUGGGUCAAGUGUCUUGCCCAAGGACACAACGGACAGACUAGGGACAGGACGGGGCUCAAACCGCCAACCUUUCAGUUAUUGGAUGACCGCUCUACCUCCUGAGCUACUGCCGAAGGAGUUGUAGCUGCAGCAUGUUUUUCCCUCACUUUGUUUGAUCCCUUCUGUCUGUCUGCGCUUGUUCACCAGCGAUGACCUCUUCUCACUGUCCUACUGCCCGGGAAAAACCCUGGUGAUCGGGGCAUCAUACGUGGCUUUGGAGUGCGGCGGUUUCUUGGCUGGUCUCGGUCUCGAUGUCACCGUCAUGGUCCGAUCUAUCCUACUGAGGGGCUUUGAUCAGGACAUGGCCAACCGUGCCGGAGAGCACAUGGAGGAGCAUGGUGUCAAGUUCCUCCGCAAAUACGUCCCCACAAAAGUGAGUGAGAGUCCAACUCCUCAGUGAAAUUCUUUCCAUUAAAAUAAAGUUUAAACUAACUAAGAUUACGCAUGCCUUUUUUAAACUAACAGAAUUGUUUGCUACUUAAACUGCUCUAGACAUGGAAAUAAUUGAUCAGAGUUGAGACCACACAUGAGGAAACAUUAACAAUGUUUUUAUCUGCUUUCUGUAUUCAUAUAGUUUAACAACUGUUUACCACUGAUGGCAACAAAAGUCUGUUUUUAGAUACAGCUUAAACCCACAACCUGUCUGUCCCACAAAGACAAUUGUUUGUCAGCUGACUCUGUUUACUAUGUGGCAAAAUAACACCACUUCCUCCUUAAUCCAAAGUUUGCUCCAUCAUCCUGACUUUUAAAAGAAGCACAACUGUUCAUUUGCCCUGACUUUGGUGCAUCUGUUUGUGUCAGAUCGAGGAGCUGGAAGCAGGCACUCCUGGCAGGCUGAAGGUGACAGCCAAGUCCACAGAAACAGACGAGAUCAUCGAGGGAGAGUACAACACUGUAUGUGAUCAUCUAUCUCCUAAUCUUUCCUAAUGGUUCUGGUUAGGGGUGGGAGAAAAAAUCGAUACAGCAUAGUAUUGCGAUAUUUUGUCUGGUGAUAUAUCGUAUCGUCUUGUUAAUAUGAAGUCAAAUCUAUGUUAAUGGGAAAAUAAAAUCAGCUGUUUGUCCAGUGAAGUUGGCAGAGGUGACAUCAUAGAGCAGAUAAAAGUUACUGCAAAAAAUAUAUAUGAGGUUUGCAAGAUGUGCUACAUGAAAAUUAAGUACAGCAUAAAUAAGAAAAACAUGAAGGAAAGCCAAAUGCUAAAUUAUCUUAACAGUUGAAAAAAUUGUAUAAAUCGAAAAAUAUUGUAUUGCAAUACUCACUGUAUUGCAAAAUGUUAAAAACCGCAAUAAUAUUGUAUCGUGUCCCAAGUAUCGUGAUAUUAAUGUAUCGUGGGGCCACAAGUGAUUCCCACCCCUAGUUCCGGUGUCAGACUACAGUAGAAGCUGUUUGACACGUUCAGAUGAAACACUUCGGUAAGAAUAACAAUGUUAAAAAAUAUGUUAAACCAUUAUUUUCUGAUGAUUUAAAAAGGGUUAGUGUGAACUAAUGAUUAUUUGUUAAUAUUUAAACUGAACUUUUAGGUUUGGGUGUUUUUUUUUUAACAUAGCUUCUUGUUGCUUCUCUUUUGGUUUGGAAUAUUAGUUUAUAAAAGUCUGCUGCUGCUCAUCUCUCAGCACGUUUUGGCGCGCCUCUCUGGAGAUAGCUGAUUCAGGAACAAGUCAUGAAUGCGCCUUUAACUAGCUAACAAGUGCUAAAUCUCAGCUCACCAAACUUAAGCUCCAGCUCUUGAUUUUUUUUGGUCACACAAUAACCAAACCUCUCACAUUUUGAAGCCUUAAUGCAACACACCUCUUUUGUUGGUCUGCUCGGCAGGUUAGUGAUCCUGUACUAAUACAUUUGAAAUUAAGGGACAGUGCUCACUUGACAUUAAACUCUUUGCAGCCCAAACUAACAAGCUGCUGAUAUCAACAUAGUCUUUUGAACCAAGUUUACAACUCCACCUACUUAGUUUGGGAGCCCUUUUAAGUUGGUCAAAACUAAUAGUUGUUUGGUAGCAUUUGUUGAAUUACUUUGUUUUACACAGACUUAACAGGCUCAAGCUGGUGUUGGAUUGAUUAAACUCACUUUGGGAGGAAGGAGACACCUUAUAUACUUUAAGGAGAGGCCAGUAACAAUGCAGUGUUUGAGGAAAGUGACAUGUAAUAAAAAAACAGCGCCAUUGAAGGAGACACUAGUUCCAAGGAAAGACUUUUGGAAUAGGAAAAAAAAACCCGAAUGAUUUAAAAAUAAUGAUGAAAUGGCAUCAACAAACGUGAUCACUUUGUAAAAGCUUUUGUAAGAAAUGGCCAACUAAGUUCUUCUCUGUGGAAGGGCAGUCCUUGUUUCACAGAACAGUUCAUUAUUUUAUUAUUAUUAUUAUAAUUAUUAUUAUUAUUAUUAUUAUUAUUAUUAUUAUUAUUAUUAUUAUUAUUAUUUAUUUAUUUAUUUAUUUUGAGUUAUUGGGUAAAUAAAGUCUCCUGAAUGGAUCUGUAUUCAGGCAGGUGUUGAACUUCUGUUGAGAGAGAUAAAACAACAGCCUUGAUUGUCAUAAUAAGCUCAGGAUCAGGAAGUAUUUCUUGUUUUAUGACCUUCCUGUCUAUUUGCAUCUAUCUGCAUGUAGUGUCAUUGCUCAGCUCGUGUUAACAGGCAAAUGAAUCACCUGAUUUUCAACAUUUUCUACAUCCAAAUAACACCGUACAUGAAACAGAGUCCUAAUUUGUUAAGUUUUAUACUUUUACUGACUAAGAACAUGAUGGUACCCAACAGAAGAAUGCCAAAAAAAGCAGGAUGACACCGAUUGGUUAUCUUUGUACCUUUUUCAAGUUUUAACAGUGGAAGCACAUAGAAAUGCAGACUGCUGGGUGAACUGCAGCUUACCUGGUCAGAUAUCUGUGUGAUGUUAUGGUGUAAUUACCAAACUUUACUUAUGAAUUGAACUAGAGCUUUCAGAUUCUUUAAUAAAAGGUCAGAGGCUACAACCAACACAAUAUUUUAUUCCCGGUCUUUAAAAGCAAGAAGACUGAUGUAGAGUUUUGAUGUUUAUUUUUCAAACCUGGUUGAUGUCAAACUCUGUGACCCAAUCUAAAAGGAGACUCAAACCAAAAAAUGACAUGUUGCAGUUCCUAUUUCCUCUCUUUUGUAAUUGAAACUCUUACCACAUUCCUCCAGGAAUUACUCAAGCACUUCCUCUGAACUGAACAAGCCAUUUCUUUGUUCCUCAGGUGUUGAUAGCAGUGGGCCGAGACGCGUGCACUGACAAGAUUGGUCUGGAUAAGGCGGGGGUCAAAGUCAACCCUAAGUAUGUCAGCUGUCUCUGUGUAUAUAUUUGUUUUUUGUUUUCGCCGUUUGCACAGUGUCCAUAGAAACCCAUGCAGCACACUGUACCUUUAAGAGUCAUGGCACAGUCAUGGUGAUUCAGCAGUAUUGCUCUCCCAUGGCUCUCUGAAGGGGCUGUGUGAGACUGUAAUGGGGGAUUUAGUAGGUAGAGUGGAAGAGAAUCUUAUUAGCAAAAAGAGAGACCCACUCUAGAGCGUAACAGUAGCUUUUAAUGGGCUAACAUCAAUGAACUAAAUAUGAGAAUUUCUCAUGUUGUUGUAUUGCUCUGUCUCAUCUCUAGAGGUUAGAUUCACUUUGGGUUGAUGUCUGUCAUCAUCAUUAUACUUCCCUCUUUGAAAGCUGGACUUCAAACCAGUCUAAGAUGUAGGUUUCAGCAGCCUACUGCUUGUUCGAACAACAGAAAUGCCGCCUUUACUCUCAGCAUGCUGUGUGUCUCCUAUUUUAUGAAUGACUGAAAAGUUCAGCCUAUGAAUUUAGGGUUAGGGAUUAAGACAGCAUGAGGUUUAGAGGAGUGCUCAGUGAGUCAUAUGCCCCAGUCAUAUGACCUAAGUAGUAUUCAUAUGAGGCCAACACAAAAGGACACUGGGUUCAGGGGCCUUUGCAGGUUUGUCGGCUCUGCUGCUAUGCGGUUAAGAACAUAUUUUCUGCCGUGUGAUUGUUAGACGGCCACUAGAGUGCUGUUGUACAAAGUUUACGUUUUUAGCUCCAGAUAUUUAGAGCCCACAACAAAUAUGAACAUUUAACACAAAUUGUAUUGUUCCUUCCGACUGCCUUCACAUAGUUUUGCUCUCAUAAGUCAAAAUUUGCUUCACAAAAAACGUCACAAAGUUAAAAUGUGUUUGGGUUUGUUCUCCUCUACUUCUGUAUCACUCUAGGAAUGGAAAGAUUCCAGUCAACGACGAAGAGCAGACCAGUGUGCCCCACAUCUACGCCAUUGGAGAUAUCCUGGAAGGCAAGUGGGAGCUGACACCUGUAGCCAUCCAGGCCGGCAAGCUGUUGGCACGGCGACUCUAUGCGGGCUCCAAACUCAAGGUACAUCUAAAUGUCUACAGAACAUUUUCUUUUCACAUGCUAUAGUUUUUUUUUUUUUUUUUUUAAUGAAGGGGGGAAAGCUGGGAGGGCUGGGCACAAUUUCCCUUCAGAGUGACUGCAAAAAGAGGAAAACCAUUUUGAGCCAUUUUGUCCUUCAUUUUUCUCAUGUCCUACCUAAUUUAGAUGGUUGAUGAUGGUUAUGUUAAAGCUGUCACAACCCUAACCAAUAUUUUUCUCUCCAGCUGUCCUAAAAUCUCAAAAAUGCCCCAAAAUAUAACAGAAGAAACUGUAUAUAGUGAUCAAAUCUUUGACAAUAAAUGGCAACCAAAAUCAACUUCAGAGAGUAAAUGAAUAUGACUUAAUUAUGCAUCUUGAAUGACACUUAAAAUUUCAAUAAAAUCUCUUCUAGCUUUUCACAGAGGAAGAGCUGUGUCAUUGUUGACAAACGUCAGAUUGAAAUGUUAAAUCUGUUGAAGUAGCCUCCUAAAUUGUUGGAAGAAACUUGGAGUAAUUCCCUAACUUCUGGCACAGUCCAAGUGGAUAGAAUGACAGGGACAGGUUGCAGACAUGGUCUCCUUCAGGAGUCUGGUACAGACCACAUCCAGGGGCAGGUCCAAGAAUUGAUGCUUUAGAGCAGAUUGUUGUGCUCAGGUGGUGUUAUCAAAAGUGAAGGAACAAAAGGAUGAAUGAUUAAAUGGUCUUAGACAUACGUACUCAGGCACAGGUGGGUUAGGAAGACGGAUGUUGAUGGUCUGGGGUCUGAUUUUUUUUUAAUUGUGUCAGUAAAUGUUUUAUUUCCCUGAAUGAACCCUCCCAAAAAGAUCAGUAAAGUUCUGUCUAAUAUAAUGUAAAUAGUUUCAGGUGAUGAAUAACGUUGUCGGAGGGGAACCAACAAACCAGUUUGGGGUUUUGAACGAAGUUUUUGGUAUUUCAAGUGACUUGAAAAGUAAUUUUCUGGUGUUUAGUCAACUGCAGUGUAGUACGUUUUUAUGAGGUCUUCAUAUAUGAGUGUUGAGUCUAGUGCCGGUCCACUUCUGCUCUGCUUUCUGCAACUCUCCCUUUCUGGAGUGGAUUGAGUCAUUAAGUCAUGGGAAAAAUAUUGAGGAGAACCUUAAAUGAGUUUUGACUGAGGCAGCUGGAUCUAAUGUUUCUAGGCAGAGGUCAUUAAGGGAGGACUCUAAAUGGGGGUUGAAAAUGCGUGUGAAAAAUGAACCACUGUGGCUGAGUAGAUGAGCAAGAGUGACUUUUGAAGAAGCUGGGUUUAUGAGUUAAAUACAACACUAAGAUAAUCUGAUGCACUGAAUUUUGUAUGGUCCACACUUUUGGAUUGUUUAGGACCAGUGGAGUAAAAACUAACUUGGAAGACUCCUCAAGAUGAAGAAAACUCUUUGCUGACAGCAAAUAUGAAUAUUAAAGUAACUAAUAAGACUCUCUGUCAGUAGACUAAAAUAUAAAAGGGUUGGUGUUUGUUUACACAGAACAAUAAGCUUUGAAAUAAGAGGAGUCCUCCAGAGGAGGCCAACUUAGAUACUCCUCUCUGUUUAUGGCUGCACCCCCUACAUUGACCAGACGGCCUCUGUUUCUAAUGGCACUUGAAAUCUUAAUUGAAUAUGAGAUUUGACUCUCAUGCAGGAGGUACCAGACUUUUUAUAUUUGAAUGAAAUAAGUUUUACACUUAAGAAGUUAAGGAAAACUGCAUAAUAAAUGAGAGCAUCUACAUUGUGGGACAUGUCAGAACAGCAGGCUCCCAAUUUCAGAAGACCCAUGUGCUCUUUGUUUCCACAGUGUGACUACAUCAAUGUCCCCACCACUGUCUUCACCCCUCUGGAGUACGGUGCCUGUGGUUUGUCAGAGGAGAAGGCCACUGAGCUCUAUGGACAGGAAAACAUUGAGGUAACUAACACACACAUUUACACACUCAUUUUGAUAACUGAUGAGCUACCUGCUCAAUCAGACUGUGUGACCCUCAGAACAGGCCAGGACUGAAGCUGUAGAGAUCAGUGAAGAUGAGUAACAAGAGUACACUUUGUUUGAAACUAGGGCUGCCAAACGAUUAUUAUUGAUAUUUUUUUAAUUGCGAUUAAUCGCAGAAUCUUCAUAGUUAAUUGCAAUUAAUCGCUGUUUGAAUUGCAUGUUUAAAACUCUGUUGUUUUGCAUUACGAGGCAGCUUUAAGCCCACAAUGUAAAGUAUUUCUUAUCAGAGUCUUGAUUGAGAAUCAAAUGAACACAAACAAAGAAUUUCCUUUCUGACCUUUUUGUAUUCUUUCAAAAAAAAGUACCAUGUAGACCGACGUAAUUCUGUGUCUAGGUUAGAUACAGAAAACACGUUUGUGGUAUGAUUGUUACUAACUUUUGACUGCCAACCAAACAAAACACACAGACAUUGUCACUGUUUAAUGUAAGAGCCUCAGACCUUCUGAGGACAGGUAACCUCUUGAUAAAUUACACAAGUCUAGACACAUUUGUUUUGCCUGUGGAUCCCUUCAAGUUGUAGCCUGCUGGAGAAAUGUUUUGGCGACAGUCUGCGAGCUGGAAAAAAGUUUGUGUGGAACAAUUUAAUGGGAGAGUCGACGCUGAGUCUAUUCCUGAUUUAGCUGGAUUGCAGAGUUUAGCUUUGUCUUUCACAUGUCAAGGGUGUAGAAUAAAAACAUGCUAGUUUCUGAUUUUGGUGUGUCUGUAACUCUAGGAACUGGACAACAUGUUAGACUUCUUACUGUAGUGUAGAUAAGACUGAAGCUCUGCUGCUGCUGCUGCUGUCACAGUGCACUCAUGAGGUCUGGUGUUUCUGCUCACUUCGUUCAGGUGUUCCACAGUCUCUUCUGGCCUCUGGAGUUCACUGUGCCCGGCAGAGACAACAACAGAUGCUACUCCAAACUCAUCUGCAAUAAACUGGACGACGUAAGAUAUUUUUUGCUUUUUGCACAACUUUAUUAGUUCUGAAUCUCCAACCAGCAACUUUAACCUCGAUGCCAGUAGUCACAGAAAUAAUCACAUGACUGUAUGUCUCACUAUAGAACCGAGUCAUCGGGUUCCACUAUCUAGGUCCAAAUGCUGGUGAGGUGACGCAGGGCUUUGGUGCAGCUAUGAAAUGCGGUGCCACUAAGGAGCAGCUUGACGGCACCAUCGGCAUCCACCCGACCUGUGCUGAGGUAAAACAUCCUGAAAUUGAACCACUGAGUUUGUUUUAACUUUAGUGAUCUGCACAUUUCAUUACCAGAAAGUUGAACAAUUUCAAAGACUUCUUGAUGUGAAAAUAUUUAGCCAAGAGUAAAUCUCAGUGAGGUGUAGCAGAGCAGAUGAGCUUCAACAGCAAGGAUCAGAGGCCUGUACUACGAAGCUGGAUUUGGUCUUAGCGAGAUAACUUCUGGAUAACUUCUGGGUUUUCUGUACUACGAAGGUGGAUCUCUUUUUAUCCGGGUCCGUUGCCCCGGUAACUUACGCGGAACGCCAAACCUGCUCCGGAGCAGGUUAUGUUUCAGGAUAAGAUCUCAGCAGGUAUAAAAAACCGCCCGAUGACCAAUCGGAUCUCUUGGAAAAUGGCUUUCCCACUUUUGCCUGAUCCCGGGGACAUCGUUGCACGGAUAGUGAGAGGAGCGCUCCGCCGAGAGCGUUAUAUUCAUGAUCGUUCAAACCCCUUUGAUUUACCCGAUGACGUUCUCUCUCAAUAUUCAGGUAGCAUGAAGUCUAAGCAAUGCACUAAUAUUUGCCAAGCUCCAGGUUCCAAUUUCAUGAGGCAUUUCAGUCGUCAUUCAGAAUUUAUUGAAGCAGAUUAGAAAACUCCUCUUAACCCUAAAUGUGUCUGCAGAUGACGUGACCAUCAGAUGAUGAAGAAAAAAAAAGGCAGUGUGAGGAAAUCGCUGUUUACGCGUUGAAAUAUGUACAAAUAAAAUCUUCCAAUAAACCUACAAACUACUUUAAAGGAUGUUUUUAGAUUUAUUUUUAUUUGCUCCCACGUACUCUUUUCCCCACUGCUGUUGUAUCUUAAAUAAUGAGGUCAGUGAUGGUGGUGAUCACACACGCUGCAUGACAACAUAUUAGGGGGCCAUAAAUUUAUGAACGCACAAAUGUAAUUUACACAAACGGUGAUUUUUUUUGCCGGCAGUCCCUCCGGCUUUCAGCGGCUGUGUCUGUCUCACUGUUUAAAUAAAGCUCUGUUCUUCAGCUGUGAAAAAUGACGUGCAGCCUUCUCCAUUGUGGAGAUUGGUCCGGUGGCACUGACCCGACCCCCUUUACGUGUGCGCGCACAGAUCUGAACUGGAUUCAGUUAUCGAGUUGAUAUCCUGCUUCGUAGUACAGCUGAUCGGGAUCGCGGCGAUCCGGUGAAGUUGAGCGAGUUGUCGCAGAGUUAUCCUGGAUGUGUUAAUCCAGCUUCGUAGUACAGGCCUCAGGUCUGCAAACUUAGCAGAUUUAAGGAUUCUGCAGAUUGAUGAUAUCGUCCCAGCUAUGUUUGCCAGAGAUGCUGCAUUUUAUGUCACUCAUUGUGUCUUUGUGCGUCAGUACCCUGGCUCUUUCCAUUAUCUUGAAUACUUUAUGCAUGUGAUCACACUGAUGAACUCGACCUGUGAGUAGACUUUGACUUUAAUCUGCACUUCAGAUCCUAUAAAAUGUGUUUCAAAGACCAGUGGCAUCCAGAUCAUCAGCAUUCUUGGCACUGACUCUCAUGAUUAUGUACACAGAGGCAUGAAUAACCAGACUUCUCAUGUUGCACAUUAACAUAACAUCACUAAUAGUUUCCAAACAGGUUUGUGCUCUCAUAUUUUGAGUAUGUCAAAUUAAUCAAUGCAGACUUCAGCUAAUCCUAAACAUAGCAGAGUCCCUCUCUAAUGUGCAUUGAAAUAAUCAAAAAUGGGACCAGAUCAGUUUUUUUUUUUUUUUAAUAACCAAGUGUUGCUACAGCCGUCCUUCACUCACCAGUAAUGGACUUAUACAAGCCUCAUUCACACCACAUUUACACACUGAUGACAGAGGCUGAUAUUCAAAGAACCCAUUUGUUUUUCACCUUCAUUCACACACCUCUGAGCACAGAGACUAGGUCUGUAUGGUUACUCUGAGGUCUGCACAAUUAAUUAAAUUUCACAAUUUUAAAUCAUAAUAUGAUUAUGAUGAUGUUAAAAAAAUUAAAAUCGUCCAAUCGAUUUUCCUCUCUAUCAUGUCUCGCGCCUCCAGGCCACCGUAGGCUCCCUCUUCCUGCGGGAGCACUCCCCAGUUCCCAAACACACCGCUGUAAACAAACAUAGCUUUUGCGAAAGAAGGAGAUAAUUUGGUGGCUAAAUAGAGCAAGAGCAAGUCAGUCGUGUGGAAUUUGUACGGUUUCACAGUUUCGGAUGAAGAGCAAACCACUCCCCGCUGCAAAGUCUGUCUGUGGGCGGUAUCAACCUGUCCGCACGGAAAUGAAUUCAGGAGUAAACUCAAAAGUUUUAUGACAUAUCAGUGGUUCAUCCACACAGAAAUGGUGUUUCGGGUGACUGUAAACAGUACUUUUUGAAAAUGGGUCAGAGAGUACAUACAUCCGUAAACUACAAUUUCAUCUCCGCGUGGAUGCCUAUCUGCAUCUCUCGAAACAAUUAUGUGACACACAGCGUAACUCUUUUACAGUGCCUGCUCGUGUCCAGCCACAAAAAACUUGCUCUGUGCUCUUCUUCUGUCUUUUGUGCAUUUCCUCAGCAGGGUUACAGCGCCACUUACUGGCUUGGAAUACACACUACAUUGUUUUUAGUGUUUUUGUUUUGAGAGAUGAUAGAAAAACUUAUUAGAGUGAAGUUUGGUGAAGUUGUCCUUGAAUGAAAAAUGGAAUAUCUAAUUUUCAGAGGAAAAAAAUUGUGAUUUUAUAUUUUUGGCAGAGUCUGGUAGCAGCCUCAAGUUUAAAAUGAGGAUAUUUUGCGGUGGAUCAGUUAUGACGAACAGUCUUUUUCAGAGUUAGGUCUUCUAAAUGAAUGGCUGUUUUACUCUGUCUGCUGUGGUACAAGAAUUAAAUUAAAUCAGUUUAAUUAGAGAUCUCAGCACUUCAUGGGUACAUGCAAAUGAAGAACUGAUAAUUGCUGCACUUUAAGCAGCCCAAUUGCCCCGUGUUUGAUGUUUUUAAUAACUUGCAUUUACAUGUUGUAUAAAUAGUUUUCUAUUUAUUCAUAUCAUUGUUUUCUGUAAUGCAGUACUCUUGUUAAUUCAACCAUGUUAUGCCAGUUAAGAAAACUAUAGUUUUAAACACCAAACUUUGUUUUUUCAAUGCAUCUAAGAAUGAGCUUCUAAAAUCUGCACUGUGAAGGAAAGCCGCCUGAUGUGUUCCUCCUUUUUUCCUUUUAGAUCUUCACCACUUUGGAGGUGACCAAGAGCUCUGGUGGAGACAUCGCCCAGGCCGGCUGCUGAGGUUAAACCCUGCUCGUUUAGCGGGCUGCUCUCAUUUUAAACUCGCCAACCAUCUCCUCUCAGUCAGCCUUUAGGCUCAGCCUCACCUCCAGCCGCUCAGUUUACAUGAUCGUCAUUUCUCAGGAUAAAACCGAACACCAAACCAAGCAUCUGAUUCAAUGAGAGCACUUAUUUAGGCUUGUUGUGAGCUGAGAGGACAAGGGUCAGAGUCUGUGGUUCUGGCUGAGGUAGUGUAGAUUUGAGAGCAGCCUGCUGAACAGCGGGGUUACUCUGCUGAUAUUUCCUCCGGGCUCCAUUAGUCUGUUCUUCUCAGAGGAGCUCCAAUACACACUGAGCGUGUGUUUGGGCUGUUUUUGACGUCCUGGCUCGUAACCUGAAAUACUAAGGUGGGCAAGGAUCGAUGUCCUUCUGUAGAAGCACCUAGUGGUACCUUCCACCCUUUGUCCAAAUCCCCCUCUUCAUACACUUCUUAUUUACUCCCAGAUUACAAAGAGCAUACAGCCUGAAAAUGAGUUUUGCAAAACCGAUUUAGAUUGGCACACAACCAGGGUUGAAAAGACCAGCGGUUCUUAACCCUGGCUUUUUCUAGAAACUUCUUAUUUAAUGGGGUUUUUUGUGUGUGUUUAAAUUUCUAAACCUCUUCUAUGUCAGGCCUUAUCCUGUAAUACAUUCCUCUGAGCAGGUCUUUCAGAUGAAAUUGAAGCGCAUACUGCUUGUCAAUAUUUGUCUUUGCUGUGUGAAGGGUUUUGCUGCCUCCAAGAGAACUCUUAUUUAUCUCGACGACAAUGUUCAUCUGUAGAAGUCUGCAGAACAAUCUUGUGCAGAUCAGUUGACACCUUUCAGAACUCCAUGUGCUGCAUUAUUACACUGUUGGGUAGAAUUGAGUCAGAAAACGACCGAAGUUGAAUUGAAUGUUUAAAGAACAUUUUCAUAAGAUAAUUUAAUGCUUGUUUGUUUAAUCUCGCUGUUUUCCUCUACAUUAUAUGUGUGUAUGUAAAGAUAUACUCAGUCUUUUAGAGGACAGUAUUCUGGCUGCUGCUGCCAGUGCGCGACAUUGUUCAUCUGUAUAAAUGACUUGUCUGUUGCUGUCAAACCACUGUAGAUGACUUCUAUCAAGAUUUAAUAAAAUAUGAGUUCAGCUUCAUA